GCCCAUAUAAGAAUAGGUGAACACAUCUCUGAGGUAGAUACCCCUGUCCCCACCCCUAACAUCCAUGGCCACGCCUCUGACGCCCAUAUUAAAGUAGGUGAACACAUGUCUGAAGUAACUACUUAUGUCCCCACCCCUAACAUCCAUGGCCAUGCCUCUGACGCCCAUAUAAGAGUUGGAGAACAUGUUUGUGAUGUAUCCUCCCCCUUCCCCACCCCUAACAUCCAUGGCCACGCCUCCGACGCCCAUAUAAAGGUGGGUGAGUUUGUGUUUGAUGUCGCUACCUCUCGCCCACGUUGGAGCAAACACGGUCACUCCUCCGAUAGCACCCUUAAAGCGGGUUGCACAAUUCCUGAAAACGCACCUUCACCCACCCCUCUUCCCGGCAGCGCAUACGGUCACUCGUCAGAUUCAGAGCUAACAGUCGGGUGUGUCGUGACGGGCGUCCACCCCAAGCCCUCUCCACUGCCUGGCAGCGAGUACGGACAUUCCUCGCAGUCAACACUGGGUGUUGGUUGCGUCGUCAGUGGGGUCGAGAUCACUCAAGCGAACUCUUUUCCCAGAAGCAUUCAUGGACAUUCCUCAGACUCGGCGUUGGGUAUGGGAUGCAGGGUGGGCGGCGUGGUGCCGGGGAGUUUGUAUGGUGACAAAUCGAACAGAUUGGACCAGCCUUUAGAUGAGACGGAGAAACAAGCCUGGAUGGACACCGAGGCGCCCCCUAGUAUGUCAUUCUCCCUCGACGAGGGGCUCACUGCCUGGGCUCUUGGACUCGGUCUGUGCCCUAAAGAAAGCCCAGAGGAUCGAUACCUCCUCAGCCUGGCCUCACAGUACCAAGUCGAGCAGUACCAGGACUCGUACGGCCUGAUGACUGCAGAUCCUGAGUCUGAGCUCCUGCAGCAGGUGACACGGGGUCCAAACGGACUACCAGUCGACCUCUCACUUCAGAGGGCCACGGAGGCCACUGCCGUUCAGCUCAGCGAGAUGAUGCCGCUUCCCGUUCUCAUGAAACACUCGGUCACCACGCCACUGAUAACACACGUGUCUAUGGUAAACAAGGCUGUGGUGGAUUAUUUUUUCGUGGAGUUGGGUGUGGAGAAGCAUUUCGAGACUCUGAGACAUUUCCUGUUAAUGGAGGAUGGAGAGUUUGCGCUCUCUCUCAGCGAUCAACUCUUCGAGAAGUUGGGCAGCGGUCAGACGCCAGGUGAGCUGUUGACCCCGCUGGUGUUGAACUCUAUUCUGAAUAAAGCGUUACAGUACAGCGUCCACGGCGACAGCGAGCUGGCCGCUCACUUUACGUUUGCUCUGAGAUAUCUGCCGGAGAUCUUUCACCCUCACGCGCCCGACUCGUUGAACUGUCUUGAGCUGCGUUACAAGGUGGACUGGCCGGUGAAUAUCGUCAUAACAGAGAGCUGUCUGAAUAAAUACAACCGACUGUUUUCCUUCUUACUGCAACUCAAACACAUGGUUUGGUCCCUCAGGGACGUCUGGUUUCACCUGAAGAGGACGGCUCUGGUGAAGGGUGCAGGUCGAUCCGUUCAGUUCCAUCAGCUUCAGCUCUACAGACAUGAGAUGCAGCACUUUGUGAAGGUCAUUCAAGGUUACAUCGCUAAUCAGAUCCUUCAGGUGUCCUGGAGCGAGUUCACACACAAACUGAGCAGCGCCAGCGAUCUGGACGCCAUUCACCGCACACAUGCAGAAUACCUCAACAGAGCCAUCUUCAG